AGUGCGGCCGCACGGGUGCAUCAAGGGGCAAAGGCAGCCGCUGUGAUAGACGUGUUCCUCAUGAUCGGGCUCCACAAGACCACCAUCUUCAUGGAUGCCAAGGAGUCGAGCACCAUGUUCGAGCUGAAGCGCAUUGUCCAGGCCAUCCUCAAGCGGCCGCUGGUGGAGCAGCGGCUGUACAAGGACGACCAGCUUCUGGAUGACAGAAAUACAUUGGGCGAGUGUGGCUUCACCAGCCAGACAGCAUGGCCUCAGGCCCCAGCCACUGUGGGGCUAGCCUUCAGGGCAGAUGAAGCCUUUGAGGUCCUGCAUAUCCAGCCCUUCUCCAGACCACCCGAGCUGCUGGAGGUGAUGAAGCCACAGGACCGAGGAAGCAGCGCCAAUGAACAAGCUCUGCAGUGAGAGCCACCCCGCCAACUGCACCCCCAAUAAGAGAUUUGGGUGUCCCCC